UUUAGACGUAGGUGAAAGUUGGUGUGGCGUAGUAUGGAAUGCGUGCUACCUUUUCUGGCACAUGCUCGAAGGCUAACAGCAUUAACUCGCAUCCAAUAGGUUGCGUUCCAUAUUACCAAGAAAUGGUGCCGACUGUUCCAUUUAUUCUUUCUUUUUUGCUAUCUGCGAUAUUUUGGCCGAUUGGCGGUAAUGCGCAAGAUUGGCAUACGAGCGACAGUGGUUUCAAAUGGUUCCCGAAUUGUGACUUCCCAGGCAACGAUAUUGGCCAAAUACUCAUUGACAAAGAAACCAAAGAACAGUGUGGAAACUUGUGUAUUGCCAAUCCAGAAUGUACCCAGUUUGUCUACGGUUAUGAGGAUUAUUGUUACAUGAAAAAUUCAUCGGUAACGACUCCUCGUGGAGACAUCACCUACGAUAGUAUAGCAAUUUGCGGCUACGUUCCAUGGAAAAGUGAUUCUGAAAAAGUGAGAGACGACUGGCAUACCGCCGUAGAAAACGAAACCAUUUGUCAUUUUUAUGGCAACGAAAGUUUGAUUUUCACAACGACGUGUCGCAAAGGCAAAGAUUGUGGUACAUGGUACGACAGCGUUGCAAUGACUCCGGGUACCAAAACCUGCAAACUUAUUGACGGAAGCCAAGGCUUCUGUUGUCCGGAUAUUACCCCAAAAUCAAAUUUUCCCAAAGAAAGGCAGUGGCUGACCAUGAUUCCUUAUAAAAGUGAGAAAAUAAUCGAUGCCAAUACGACACUUACGAUCACUUGCGUCUAUGCGUUUGAGGAUGAAUAUCAAAAGGAAAAUUACAGAAUUGCUUGGGAAAUUCCAGAUUACCUUUCUAAAAAUGCCGAGCUCACGGGCGUGGAACGUCGUCUUCGUAAGACAUUUGACAAGAAUGCCACCCAUAUGACAUCGACGAUGACUUUGACGAAUACAAAAGUCUUUGACACCGGCUCCUUUGGGUGUAAGGGCAUCCCCUAUGGGCAUCCCCUAACGGGAGGAGUAGAUACGCAAUACGUUUUUGUUUAUGAUGGUAUAGAGCUAGUCACCAUUGCAAAUAAUGAAUUCUAUUUUAACAUUCCACACGGUCAAAUUGAUUUUGAAAUUUCGUGCAGGCCAACCCAUCCCGAUGUUAAAGUUUAUUUGAUUCACAAGGAUCAGUAUACUGCUCGAGACAAAAACCUGCCCAGUUCUAAGAGUAACAUUUUAGAAGAUUCUAAUGCGAAUUGGUCUUUUCAACCGAAAGUUGGAUUGAAGCUUAAGAAAGCCAGAAUUGAUGAUAGUGGCGUUUAUGAAUGUGGUGGAAAGAUAAACAAUAAGGAAUAUUCCAGGGAUAUUUUCGUGGAGAUAAUGGGAAUGGAGCUGACAAAAUUUGUUGAUGAGAACGACCCAUUGUUAGGGGAUACCGUUACUUUAAUUUGCCGCUUUUACUACAGAACCAGCAAUGCUGAACGUCCAUCGUGGGCUUACCACAUCGGCACCAACAAAGCUAUGCAACCUAUUAAUGAAACUGAUCCUCCCGAUGGUUUCCAGAUCAAGACAGAUCAAUUGGAUUACCGGGAAAAGACACUUUACGAAAGUCGAUUAGACUUUGUGGCUACUACACUAAGUAGCUAUAUCUUUCAAUGCCGGGCAAAUGAGAUCCGCAACAUUUCUUUCCGUGUCAGAGAAUCAAUUAGUGACAAUCAGGAACUUAUCUAUGUCCAAUUGCAAUAUGGAAUAUCACAAAAUUUGACGUGUUUCGGAACAUCGACAAACGAAACCUUUCAAUGGCUUAAGGAUGGAAAGAGGAAAGAACUCGGUACGUACACUUGUAGACAGACAAACCGAUUGUUACCACAAAGAUCGGAAAGAAUUUUUAUCGUAUCAUUCGACGAUGUGAGAAGGAACACGAUCGUUAUUGCAUUCUCAGUAGCAAUAGUAGUUCUAUUUGUGUUCGGAGCUGCUAUCGGUGUCAAACUUUACGCAUACAGGAAAAAGAACAGAUUUGCUGGUGCUUUUAAUAGACUUCUCAAUGGAAAUGUCAAUCAAUUAAAUGCCCAAUCCCCAAUCGAGGAGCAAGUUGAAUUCCUCCCCUAUGAUAAACGGUGGGAGUUUCCGAGGAAUCGCCUAAAACUUGGAGUUGUGCUGGGAACUGGGUGCUUCGGCCGAAUUCUGAAAGCCGAGGCUGUGGGAAUGAAAGACUGUGAUCAAACUGUGAAAACAGUGGCCGUCAAAAUGGUUAGAUCGGAAACCAAUGUCGCUGCAAUGGAAGCACUCAUCAGCGAAUUGAAAAUUCUUUCAUAUCUAGGAUCUCACCUCAAUGUUGUAAAUUUACUGGGAGCGUGCACGAAGCAAUUAAAGAAAGGUGAUUUAUUGGUAAUCGUUGAAUACUGCCGAUUUGGCAAUUUACAAACUUACCUGAUCAAACAUAGAAACUCAUUUAUCAAUCAAGUAGACGAAUUUGGUAAUUUAAAACCGGAUGGAGAAGUAGAUAAUAACGAUAUCAUGAGUACAAAUACAGAUAACAUUGUAGUGGAUGACAAUCAAGCUCAUUCAAUUGCAUCCUUCCAGAUGAAUUCCUCGACUGAAAUCUUAAACGGAUCCGCUUUCAGCAUUUCAUGUGAACCAAAUAGCGCAAUUUCCGAACCGACAACUGAUCCAGAAGACUCCAAACCUUUGUGGCAAUAUUGUCAAGAUCCAUCUGCAAUUUCGGAUGGGCCCAUGUCAUCACGAGAUUUAAUCUCUUGGGCUUUCCAAAUAGCUCGAGGAAUGGACUACUUAGUUAGUAAAAAGGUUCUCCAUGGUGAUCUUGCCGCCCGCAACAUUCUGCUCGCCGAUGACGGAGUUGCCAAAGUGGCUGAUUUUGGCAUGUCUAAGAAGUUGUAUUACUAUGAAAACUACGAGAAUAAAGGGCAGGGGCUAAAGCCAGUCAAAUGGAUGGCUAUUGAAUCUCUGACUGAUGGCAUCUUUUCCAGCAAAUCAGAUGUCUGGUCGUACGGUGUUUUACUUUGGGAAAUCUAUUCCCUUGGCAAGGUCCCAUAUCCAGGUAUGGACGUUGCACACGUACUCAUUAAGGAACUUCUCAAAGGAUAUCGCAUGGAUAAGCCUGAUUUUGCGCCCAGUUUCAUUGCCGAUUUAAUGGCCAGCUGUUGGAAGAUGGAGCCGAAAGAAAGACCAACAUUUAGUCAAAUAGAAGAAAUUAUUUGCAGUCACAUGGAGUCGAACGUCAGCUCUAAUUACUUAAAUAUGAAUGAUUCAUACGUUAAACUUAAUGAAGAGAAAAAAAACGCAACCCCCAAUGACCUUUAUGGUCUUGCAAAGAUGUUACAAGAAAAAGCUUCUUCACCGCCAAAAGAGAAUGCCAAACGAUUCUCGAAAUUUCCUAUGCGAUUCUCCGCAAUCUACAACAAUGACGUAUAACUUCUUCAUAAGGAUAAUAUCCUUUCGGAAAAUAAUUUUUUUAUCAAUAAUGUUUCCUUGCCACGUUAAAAUAAUUGAGGAAAAAGCUUUCUUAACCCACCAAACAUAAAACGUAUUGUUUACGUGCUUAUCAUGGAAGUUCCUGAUGGCUUAGCUUUCUAUUUAGCUUUCUAUUUUUCUUCGGAUGGCAUAGGUAUUUGUUAAAACGAGUAGCCAAAAGAGUCCAACAUUUCCAUCAACUGAGAGAAACUAUUUCAGUUUUAUUUUAUAAUAUCAUUUUCGUUUUAUAGAGACGCGAGGACUGCUUUUCCAUUGCGUGACUCCCAAUUCCUAUUUUAGCUUCAACGUUAAACGCUAUUUUGUUACAAUCAAACAAAUCGUUCAAGGGACGGAGGUGUAGACGGAGCUGAAAGUUGUGACGUAAGAAAUCUGUGCCACGUUUUGGAAUAGUUGGGUCAACAACAUCUGUUAACAGGUUACAUUUAGUUAUGAUUUCUUCCACCGUUGUUUCAGGUAACUUUCUAAUUGAUCAAGUUCUUAAUUUUCGAGUGAAUAUGAAACUGGGAAACAGACUAAGUGCUCACGUAAAGACAAGCCCAUCUAAUAAAAACGAUUUUUUAAAGUUCCAAA